AAAUUCUCAGCAUGAGAGCCUCAAGACUGAUUCCAGGUGGAUUCCGAACUAGACGCCACCCUUUCCCUAGUCUUAAACAUGAUGUUCAUGAGUGAAAUCUUGACUCCUGUGACGGAUAUCCUUUUAACAGACUGGGGGAUGAUACUAGCUCUAUGCCCCAACCUGGAUACUCUGUUUUCAAACUAAACUGGCUUCCACCGAAAUACAAAUGACGAAGAAAUUUGAAUUAUUCCAUGCUUUUUGUACUAAUUACUUUGAAACUCCCGCCGAUCUCAGAUGGCGAUAAAGCCUUCCAAACAAAACAGAAUCCCUGCCAGAGGACGUGGAAAAAGGAAUGAACUCGAUCAAUGCAUUCGUCGAUCCUUUGAGGUCAUGUUAGGCGAUAUAUUUGUAACCGUGGGAACCACCCAAUUCCAAAGGCUCAUCGAUACUCUCCUCGAUUCCAACACUUUGGCUGCUCUGCAAGAAAAAGGCUGUCAAAAAUUGAUCAUUCAAAAAGGCCAAUCUGUCGUGGCAUCAAGUACACUCGAGAGUCUUCAAAGGUUGCCUUUUCAUGUUGAAGUGUACGACUACAAGCCAAGUUUGAGGGAAGAUAUCGCACAAGCGGACCUGGUCAUAGCUCAUGCCGGAGCUGGAACUUCUUUGGAAGUCUUGGAAGAAGGCCGAAAGCCUUUGAUCGUGGUGGUGAAUGAGGCGUUGAUGGAUAAUCAUCAGAUUGAAUUGGCAGAGAAGCUCGCGAAUGAAGGCCACUGUCAUUAUUGCCAUUGCGAGACUUUGGUCGAGGUCAUCGAAUCUUUCGACCCGAGUUCCUUAAGGCCUCUUACUCCUGGCCAGCCUGACCUUUUUGCUCAAUAUUUCCAAGACACCUUAAAGGCUACAUUCAACUUCUAG